GGCGGGUCGUGGUCCUCAGAGCCGCGGAGCGCGCGGAGCCCCACCGGAGCGGCGAGCCCGCUCCUCCUCCUGCCCAGCCCCGCCUCGCCCUUCCCAGGCGCCCGGAACUUUGGGCGCGCGGAACGUCGGUGCCGGAGCGCAGGCGCUGCGGACCGGGAAGGCGAUGGAGCGGACGUGCGGGCCGCGGGCCGAGGUCGACGCGCCUGAAGAGGAGGCGGGGGCGGCCAUGGUUGCGGCGGGCCCGGCCGUGCUGCAGGUGGCGGGCCUCUACCGGGGUCUGUGCGCCGUGCGCAGCCGGGCUCUGGGCCUAGGGCUCGUGUCAGCGGCGCAGCUGCGCGUGUUCCCGGUGCGCCCGAGCUCGGCUGGGCCCGUUGGGGGCGCCGGCGGCGGCGGGGCCGGCGCGGAGCUGGAGGCCAACCCCUUCUACGACCGCUACCGCGAGAAGAUCCAGCAGCUGCGCAGGUCUGACCCAGCUGCUUUUGAAUCCCGGUUGGAGAAGCGCAGCGAGUUUCGGAAGCAGCCAUUGGGGCACUCCAAGCAAGGUGACUUUGUCAAAUGUGUGGAACAGAACGCAGAUACUUUGGGGAAACAAACUAUGAGCAGAGGAUUCACUAAGGACAAGACUCUCAGUUCAAUCUUUAACAUUGAAAUGGUAAAAGACAAAACUGCAGAAGAAAUAAAACAGAUUUGGCAGCAGUAUUUUGCAGCAAAAGAUACAGUCUUCGCAGUUAUUCCUAAGGAGAAGUUUGAUUUGAUCUGGAACCGAGCUCAAUCCUGUCCAACAUUUCUGUGUGCACUACCAAGAAGAGAAGGUUAUGAGUUCUUUGUGGGACAAUGGACAGGUACUGAGCUCCACUUCACUGCACUUAUAAAUAUUCAGACCCGAGGGGAAGCUGCAGCCAGCCAGCUGAUUUUAUAUCACUACCCUGAACUUAAGGAAGAAAAGGGCAUAGUGCUGAUGACAGCAGAGAUGGAUUCUACAUUCCUGAAUGUUGCUGAGGCUCAGUGCAUUGCCAACCAAGUUCAGCUCUUCUAUGCCACUAGUCGGAAAGAGACAUAUGGGUUGGUGGAAACUUUUAACUUCAGACCAAAUGAGUUCAAAUACAUGUCUGUCAUCGCAGAAUUGGAACAAAGUGGACUUGGAGCAGAACUGAAAUGUAUCCAGAACCAGAAUAAGACUUAAAACUGAAAGGGUCAACUUACAGAGUUUGCUCAUCCUUGGCUAGUCUAGAACCCACCCAGCCCCUUGACCUCUCAGGAGGAAGCUCCACAUCUAUAAUGAACAGUCUCUGAUAAGUAGUCAUGAAGGUGAGCCCUAUUAUUUGAUGUCAGGAACAAAAUACCCAAAUAUUCUCAUGAUUAUCUCCCAGGUGUUUAAGGUCAUAACCAGGGAUAGCUAAGGAUGCACAGGAUAGUUAACUUGAUUUUACACAAUGUAAUAAUGGCACUUGCAUUCUGGCCAUUGUGACAGCACAGCUUUCAAGUCACCAGUUCAUCUUUACAAACUUGUGAGAAAAUAAGCUUGAGCUGCUGUAGAUAGAUGUGGGCUUUCCAUACUCUUCCUAUGCAAGACUUGGCUUGCCAAAGGCAUAACCCAAAUAUCCUAUUUAGAACAAAUAGAUGUUACCUUUAGCACUGAGAACUCAUCCAUAUGUCCCCCAGAGUUGCCUUUAGUGUAACUGAUUCGGAGUACCGGUAGACUUCAGGGAUAGUUAAACACACAGGUACAGUGCCUGGUUAUUGUUAGGCCACAGUUUGUGGCACCUGCUCGUCUAACUCUGCCUAUUAGAAGUUAAGUACAUGGAGGGGGUGAAUCAUUGCAGUGUAAAUAAAUCAAGUUUGGUAAGGAAAGGUCUGUCCAGAUGUACAUGUUUUGCUUUGUUUUUUAAACUCAAAAUCAUGCCAGUAUUUAAACAAAGGGGGGAGGGUGGUAGUUGCCAGAAACAGAUGUCCCCCAGGUUGAGUGUGGGGAAAAUAUAGCAAUAAAACAAAGUCUGUCUUAAAAUAUUCCUGUUAUACUACAUAAUGAAAUCUAAGGUGUGUGCUGUCAGUGCCAGUGUCAGUGUCAGUGCUCUGGCUGAUUUGAUCUUAAACUCAUCUUUGAAAUCAGCAACUUCAUGAAACAUCAAAAAAAAAAAGAAAGUCACUCUCCAGUGCUGCAAACUCAUGACUGGUUUGUCAUGUCACUGUUGGGUUCUUAGUUUAUGGAUAGACGAAGGUGGUGGUUACACACCAGUUUUUAUUUUUUCAUUUUUUUUUUUAAUCUUUAUUGGAGGAUUAAUGUUUUACAGUUGACAGUAAAUAUAAUAAUUUGUACAUGCAUAACAUUUCUCAGUUUUCCACACAACAGUACAACCCCACUAGGUCCUCUGCCAUCCUGUUCCACCCACCCUAGAAUCUUCUACUUUGGUGCAAUAUACCAGCACACCAGUUUUUUAAUCCCAAGACCUCAGGGGCCUCUUAGUAUUGUCAACUGGUGAUCCACUUGCUCUUCCUCUUUGUCUGCUGCUCCCACUAAAGACUGGUUAUACAACACUGAAUGUGCUGAAUGAGAAUUUAACCAGUAUUUGCACUUUGUGGGUGUCGGUAUUUUUCCCUUAUUACAAAAGACUUUUUAUAGUAGGACCUAUUCCCAAACUUUUUAAAUGGGAUUAGACUUCCCAUUAUUUUUAUGAACUGUGUUCAUUUUGUUGUACUUGAAUGUCUAUGUACAGGAAAAGACAAAUAGUGUUUAUUUAAUAACAUGGAAAAGCUGCUAGUCUUUCAUAACUUACCUAAUUGUUAAACUGCUUAAUGCAGAUCCUGGGCCUUUUUUUUUUUUUAGUCCUGACAGCUCUUUUUUUUAAGAAAUUUGAUGUAGAUGUUUUGGCAUUAGAUAGAAUUGCUUCUGUGGGGAGUUGGGCGAUAGCACAGUAGGUUAAGCACACAUGCGCAAAGCACAAGGACCGGCAUAAGGAUCCCAGUUCAAGACCCCGGCUCCCCACCUGCAGGGGAGUCACUUCAUAGGCGGUGAAGCAGGUCUGCAGGUGUCUAUCUUUCUCUCUCCCUCUCUGUCUUCCCCUCCUCUUUCCAUUUCUCUCUGUCCUAUCCAACAAUGAUGGCAUCAAUAACAACAACUACAACAACAAUGAAAAACAAGGGUAACAAAAGGGGAAAAUAUAUAUAUGAAUUGCUUCUGUGGUUUGCUGUGUGUUUACUUCUCCUUCCAGUUCUUAGCCAUAGUAUAUUUUCAUAAUAUCACUACAAGGUGAGAAAAUGACAGGAAAAGAAGUAAGAACUAGCUGCUUACUUUCUUUUUCCUAACAACUUUGCCAUACAUCCCCACUUGUCAAUAGAAACAUCCCUGGACAAUUAUAUCAAGCAUGACAUGGCUCAGUGGGUAAAAUGUAUGUUUUGCAUGCAUGAGACUUUGGGCUCAAUCCUUGGCACCAUGUAUAACCAAGUGUUGCUCUGGUCUCAUUCUAUUUCUAUCCCAUAAAAUAAAUAUUUAUGUUAAAUAUGAAUAAAGUACUGUCUUUUUGUUUGUUUUAUGUUCACCUAAUGAGAUUGGGGACAGAGGGAGAAAAUAAUUGUGUGACUGGCAAAGUAGCUCACCUGGAUAGUGUGCCUGCCUGGUAUGUGCACAGAGCCAGUUAGGCCUGGCCCCUACCCCACUGAAAGAAGCUCUGGUGCUGUGGUAGGUAUUUUUCUUUCCCUGCCUCCUCCUCUGUCUUCUCUCUGGAAAAAGCCAGCAGGGAGCAGUAAAGUCCUGGUGAUGACAACACAAAAAUUUUAACUUUGAACUAGUAAAUUUGUCUCUUGGUUAAUUAACUAUGUUAAGAGUAAGUGAAUUGCAAUGGAAAUAGCAUAGUGGUUAUGCAAAAAGACUUAUGUCUAAGGCUCCAAAGCCCUAUGUUCAAUCCCUCACACCACAACAAGCCAGAGCUCAGCAGUGCUCUGGUGAGAAUAGGUAGACAGGCUUCUGAGUUAAGUGACUCAGUUCAACGCUGAGGCUUAUUUGCUUUAUAAUAUUAAACAAAGUAAACUUUAACUCUGUAUUCCUCAUCUGAAAAAAAAACCUUAAUUACCUCAUGUACUUAUUGUGAGAAUUAAUUUUACAUGUAGUAUAGUAGAGUUUAAUAUCAGCCUGCUUCCUCUAAUCAAACUGCCUCUCAUUAAAGACCAACACAAAUUAGCAUUUUAGAUGUACAGAUCAUUCUCAUUCCAGUUUAAAGAGCAACCCUUAUCUAGCUUCUCAUUUUAGUUACCUAAAGAACUUUAAAAUACUUAUGUCCAGGUCCCAAACCCCAACUUGUUGAAUCAGUCUCUGAAACAGCACUGGUGAUUUGCAUUUUAAUGUGUGCUGUAGGUGAUUCCAAACACUGGAAUCACCUACAUACAUUUGCCUUCCAUACUGAGAACCAAUGUGUUAUCUAUUCACAGAAAAGUGCACACCAGCCAGCUUUUGCUUUCCUGUAGAUAUUAACCAUCCAACUAGCUUCCUCUACUUUUCGUCUUCCCUUUGCACACUUCUCAUUAUGUUUAUGUGUUUUACUCCCCCACUAGAUUGUGAACUCCUUGAGGGCCAGGGUUUAUUUCCAUUCCCAGCAGCAAAAAUAUGACCUGGAAAAAAGAAGAUACUCGGUUGUUUGUUAAAUAAAUAAGUGAUACGAAUUUUAGCCAAGACAUUA